CUUCCGGCCUGCGAUGUGUAAAGAUGGCGCCUCCCUUGUUUGAUUUUGUCGAGGCUAAAGACAAGCUUACGGAAUCCGCCAAGCGAUCGCUGGGCGACAAAAGCAGCAAAGCAAUAAUAAACGCUUUCCAUCACAUCCUCGGAAAUGAGACUGAAAAGAAGACCACACUGGACCAAGCUUUUCGGGGGGUUCUCGGGGAGCAGAUCGUGGCGUCGAGCUGUGAGGACUACCUGUCUCUUAUCUACAUGAGCAUAGACGCAGUCACUGAAGGGAUCUGCUCCGCCACGACGCCUUUCGUGCUGCUGGGGGACGUGCUGGACAGUCUGCCUCUGGACCAGUGUGACAACAUCUUCUCCUUUGUGGAGGAGAACGUCUCCACGUGGAAAUCUAACUCAUUCUACACUGCUGGCAAGAACUACCUGUUGAGGAUGUGUAACGAUCUUCUACGGCGUCUGUCCAAGUCUCAGAACACGGUUUUCUGUGGACGGAUCCAACUCUUCUUGGCUCGUCUCUUCCCGCUGUCGGAAAAAUCUGGUCUGAAUCUCCAGAGUCAGUUCAACCUGGACAACGUCACAGUGUUCAACAAAAAUGAAGAUGAAAGCACUUUUGGACUUAAGCACACGGAGGAGAAGGAAGACGGCAUGGAGGUGGAGGAAGGGGAGAUGGGCGAAGACGAAGCGCCCGCGUCGUGCUCCAUCCCCAUCGACUACAACCUGUACAGAAAGUUCUGGACGCUGCAGGACUACUUCAGGAACCCGGUGCAGUGCUACGACAAAGUGUCCUGGAUGACCUUCCUCAAGUACUCGGACGAGACGCUGGCCGUCUUCAAGAGCUUCAAGCUGGAUGACAACCAGGCGUCCAAGAGGAAGCUGGAGGAGCUGCGGGCCUCCAGCGGGGAGCACGUCUACUUUGCCAAGUUCCUCACCAGCGAGAAGCUGAUGGACCUGCAGCUGAGCGACAGCAACUUCCGCCGUCACAUUCUGCUGCAGUAUUUGAUCCUCUUCCAGUACCUCAAAGGACAAGUCAAAUUCAAAAGCUCCAGCUGCCUGCUGAACGACGACCAGGCUGCGUGGAUCGAGGAAACCACGAAGCUAGUUUACCAGCUUCUCAGAGAGAUUCCUCCAGACGGGGACAAGUUCGCCACCAUGGUCGAACGUAUCCUCAACACCGAGGAAAACUGGAUCGCUUGGAAAAACGAGGGUUGUCCGAGCUUCGUGAAAGAACGGCCGUCCGACGACAAACCCAGACGGCCCACCAGGAAGCGAGCGGCUCCAGAAGACUUCCUGGGAAAAGGGCCAGACAGAAAGAUCUUCAUGGGAAACGACGAGCUGACUCGCCUGUGGAACUUAAACCUGGACAACACUGAAGCCUGCAAGUCAGACAGCAGGGAGUUCAUGCCCUCGCUGGAUGAAUUCUUCGCCGAAGCCAUUGAGCAGGCUGACCCCGUCAACAUGGUGGAGGAAGAUUACAAGGUUGUUCGGAACCCAAACUACGGCUGGCGAGCGUUACGACUGCUCUCCAGAAGAAGUCCGCACUUCUUUCAGCCCACCAACCAGAAGUUCAAUAGCCUGGCCGACUACUUGGACAGCAUGGUCAGCAAGCUGGCCAAGGAGCUACCUAAGGACAUCCCCUCGGAGGAGAUCAAGACGGGCGAGGAGGACGACGACGAAAAUGGAGACAAUCUGCUCAAAGACGGCAACGACAGCCCGAGCAUGCCGAGCAAGGUGAGCAACCAGCAGAUGGACGACGUGGCGGCCAAGCUGGGCAGCCGCUGGAAGUCGCUGGCCUCGCACUUGGAGAUGCGGGCGGCCGAACUACGCGAGAUCGAGGCCGAGAGCGAGGACGCCGACAUCCGGGCCAAGCUGCUGCUGGUCACCUGGCAGGACCGGGAAGGGGCGCAGGCCACUGUGGAGAGCCUGGUGGCAGCCCUCAACGCCGCCGGCUUUGCCAAAAUGGCAGACGAACUUAGUGAAGCUUGAAUCAGGCCUGACUUUUUUUUUUCUCUUUUUCAUACUAAGAGUGUAGAAAGUUUCUGUGUUUCGUAGUUUCACAUUAAAGACACCUUUUGAUACA